AUGAGGCGAUUAAUCCCAGAGGGUGAUCUUAGGAAUCCCUCUGUAAAUGAUGGAGAUUUGUCAGAGCUUCCUAAUCCUGGUGUACUUGAGGCCAAUCAUUGGCUUAAUGCUUCUCCUUUUUUCAGCACUGGUGCCUCUGAAGCAGAGAUUUUUCAAGACAUUUCUGGGGUUCUGCCUGAUGUUCAUCAGCUUCAUCCAACAUUACCACUGCAGGCCACGUCUAAUGCUUCGACUGAGGCACUCGUUUUGGAUGAGGGGGAAUCAAGUGGGAGAAAAAGGAAAUUAAACCAAGGGAUUGAAGAAACGAAGACAAAGCAAGAUGAACGGCCCAAAAGAACACGUUCUGCUGCGACACAUAAUAUGUCUCAGAGGAGGCGUAGGGACCGGAUAAAGAGGAAGAUGAGAGCUUUGCAGGAGCUGAUACCCAACUGUAACAAGUCAGACAGUGCCUCAAUGCUGGAUGAAGCCAUAGAAUAUCUUAAAGCCUUAAAGCUUCAUGUUCAAAUGAUGUCUACGGGUGGAGGAGCUCUGUGCCAAGUUCCAUACAUGUCACCAGCUGGGAUCCAAAGCACACAAAUUCCCCAUUUUUCACAAUAUAUGGAUAUGCUGUCAAGGCCAGGAUUUGGAAUGGGAAUGGUUAGCACCUCUUACUCAACAGGCCUUCCCAUGAUACCCUCUUCCUUGCCUUAUCUCCAUCCAUUACACUCAGCAGCUGCAGGAUUUUAUUUGAUUUCUGGAUCAAGAGUUCUUCCAGUCCCUCAAUUGCAAGUGCCUCUCAUUGCCUCGCAAGCAUUGCCUACAAACACUAACUCAUCCACUGUGCCUCCACAGUUUACCAGGGAAUUGGUUACCCCAUCCAAGCCAAGGGGAGUCCAACUCCCAAAGUACUCUCAACAAUUUCCAGAAAUGUAACCAACCUGGUUCAUCACUGACUCUGCCAGCAAGUCAUGUAAAUAAAAAGAUCAGAGACUGAUCAGAAGGGCUCCCUCCUACAAAGAUGAAGCUGGUUGCAGCUGUUCGAGACAUUUAUAGUUUGCAUAGCAGCGGGCGGUUGUGUUUGAUGUUUGCAGCAGGACAAUAGAAGAAAUCCUUAACAGUGGCCUAUGACUAUGAGUUUCCAAUCUCUGAACAUCUAAAAUAUGUACUAUUAUAGUGUUGAUUCUCCAAUACUACAUUUCUAGUUGGUUGCAUGUAUAGGUACCUUUAAUCCUCGAAAUCUUUCGAAUAUUAUAGUGUUGAUUCCAUAAUGCUACAUUUUUAGCUUGUUGCAUGUGUGGCACCUUUAAUCA